AUGUCAACCCACAAAGCUCUGGUACUGGAGAAGUUCGGCACACCCCUAGUCCUUGAAGAUAUUUCGAACCCCACCUGUUACACUUGGCUCAGCGCUCGUUGCACUGCUUUACGCGAUGAUACCCCCGCUACUUCCAGUGCUGUUGUAUGGUGCUUUCAAGGAGCAAGCUAUUCCUGCGUAGCACGUAUCCUUUCUCUUCCCCCUGAUGCUACCACCCUCCAAAUCGGCGACCUCGUUUGGGUCGAUGCUACGAUCCGCAGCCGCGAUAACCCGCACGCCGAAGUCGUUCGCGCCUCCCUCUGCGGCGCUGACCCGGGCUCGCUGACCCUCGUGAAAAGCGUCUGGAAAGAUGACGUGUUCACCGAGAAAUUGCUUGUUCCGCUUGAAGCUCGUAACGCUGAGAAGCUCGAGUUGUUAGAAAGGUACCAUGGUGCCAAAGAGAGACUAUCAACAGUUAUUCUAACGGGCGACACGGACGUGGAUGCGAAGGCACUGAAAGAUGCGACUGGUGGAAAAGGAGCGCACGCCUUUGUGGACUACAGUCCUUCCUCUUUAAAGGAAGAACCGCCGUUUUCCAUGGCAGGCAUCAAGUCGUUCAAGCGUGGUGGAGAGUAUAUCUUAUUGGGAGGCGCAUAUGUUGAUCUUACAUAA